UGGAAUGAUGCGAGGCUCUAAGAGCAGAUUGUGCCAUUGCUAAAGCAAAGACUGAAACAUGUCUUAUCGAGGGAAUGAACGUGACUUUCAAACCUCAGCACGGAGGAUGGGGACAUCUCUGCUUUUUCAGCUGUCUGUCCAUGAGAGGGAACUAGACUUGGUCUUCCUGGACCACAGCUAUGCCAAGCCAUGGAGUGCCCACCCUGAUGCCAGUAAUGCCCGUCCCACACGCCUGCUGUUUGUCACUCCCAGGCGACAUCAGGAUAAUAGCAUUAUAGAGGCAGAUGUUCCUAUUGAUGUAGAAACAGUGACACCUACACCUGUGCCCCUCUAUGACAACCAGAAGGCCCGGACUGUGAUGAAUGAGUGUGAACGCCAUGUGAUUUUUGCCCGUACAGAUACUGAUACACCUCCUCCACCUGAUGACUGGGAGGAGCAUAUGAACAGAUCUGGCUGGACAGUGGCCCAAAACAAGCUGUUUAAUAAGAUUCUCAAAGCCUUGCAGUCUGACCGACUGGCCCGAUUAGCUAAUGAAGGGGCGUGCAACGAGCCGGUGCUUCGAAGAAUAGCAGUGGACAAAUGUGCUCGGCGGGUCCGCCAGGCGUUGGCGAGCAUCGGUUGGGAGGCCAGGCUGGUCCAGUGGCUUCACGCAACUUUGGUAGAGACGCUCAGUUUGCCAAUGCUGGCCGCGUAUCUGGAUGCUCUGCAGACUCUCAAGGGAAAGAUUCCCACCCUGAUUGACCGGAUGCUGAUAUCUUCCACGACAAAGACGGGCGCGGCAGGUGCUGAGGCCUUGUCCCUCCUGCUGAAGAGGCCGUGGGAUCCGGCCGUUGGCGUUCUUUCACAUAACAAACCGAGCAAGUUACCCGGUUCUCCCCUCAUCUUACUGGCAUCAUCUGGACCCUCCAAUUCCAUGUUCCCCACUUCUCGGCGGCAUCGAUUCUGGCAGUCACAGCUCUCUUGUCUGGGAAAGGUGAUCCCGGUUGCUACCCACUUAAUGAACAAUGGCAGUGGAGUUGGGGUGUUGCAGUGCCUGGAACAUAUGAUUGGCGCCAUGAGAGGCAAAGUACUGGAGAUCCACAACCACUUCUCUCACAAGCCGGUGAUCCUGAUGGGAUGGAACACUGGAGCUCUGCUAGCCUGUCAUGUUUCUGUGAUGGAGGAUGUCACUGCCGUUGUGUGCCUUGGAUUUCCUCUGUUAACGAUAGAUGGACCCAGAGGGGAUGUUGAUGACCCGCUUCUGGACAUGAAGGCACCAGUUCUCUUUGUGAUUGGUCAGAACGCUCUCCAGUGCAACACCGAAGCAAUGGAAGAUUUCAGGGAGAAGCUUCGAGCUGAAAACAGCCUGGUGGUGGUCGGAGGAGCUGACGAUAAUCUCAGGAUAAGCAAAGCCAAAAAGAAGUCGGAAGGCUUAACCCAAAGCAUGGUGGACAGGUGCAUUCAGGACGAAAUAGCUGACUUUCUGACAGGAGUGCUUACUCGAGCAGACACCCACUCAGGCUCUGAUCCUCGGGACCUAGACAUGGAGAAAAAGAAGAAAGCAGCCCGGGAUGUGGGUAGGCGGGAUCUGUCCUUUGACCUGCCAGACAGAAACAGCCGGCCAGCCUCUCCAGCAGCCAAGAUUCCGGCUUCACCUUCCGGGUCAGAGGAGUUUUCCAGUGUCUCCAGCAGCCCUGCCUCCAGUCCGAAGGCUAAAAUGGCAGCGUCUUCUCUUCAGAAAUCCAGCCAGGUUGGUGCCAGCCAGUUGCUGAAAAGGUCUAUGCAGCGGACGGAGGGAGCUGUGAUGCACAAGCAAGCCCAAGAGCAGUCACCAGAUGCAGGAGAGAAAGAAGAGCUGCGAAAGCAGCUAAAGAGACACCAGGCCCCCAGCCCUACCCAGGGCAGCAGAUCUUCCAAGCGAGCCAAAAUAAAGGUGACCAUCGUCUCUCACGGAGAAGCUGCUGGCCCCGGAAAUGGCACAUCCUUGGAUGGACCACCAGAAAUAGCUGCAGGAAAGCCUGUUGCUGUGACCUUGGGACAGACGAUGGCUGGUACAAAAGAGGUGACAGGAUUGCUUGCUCCCUCAACGUCAAGUCCUGCAAUGGACAGCCCCUCCUCUGUCAGUCCCACCCCCUCUGCUACAAUCCCCAGCAACACAGCUCCUAGUGCUUUCCAUGCUCUGCAGAACAGACUCGUGGCCAGUGGCGCCCCUUGCUUGCCGGCCCAAUCCACCAGUGUUCUCCCAGGGGCAGCUUCAGCCAGCAGCCUUCUGCAAGGAUUGAGCUUCAGUCUGCAAGACAUCAGCCCAAAGCCUGCUGCUCUUCCAGCCAGUGUUGCUGCUGCUGGGCCCUUGGCACAGAACUCAGCCUUGAAGACCUCAGCAGCACUCCAGAGCCUAAGUACCAUCCCCACCAGUGCAGGCACCAUUGUUCGAACAAUCCCAGUUGCCACGUCUUUAUCAUCACUUGGAGCCUCGGCUGGUGGGAAGCCCACCACCAUUCAUCAGCUGCUUACGAAUGGGGGGCUGGCAAAACUUGCAAGUAGCCUCCCUGGUUUGGCUCACAUCUCUGGUCAGGGGGCAGGCUUAAAGGCCCCAGCCACUAUCACAGUGACCCUCCGGGGACAGGCCAGUCGAGCCACUGCUCUCAGCCAGACAGCCAUGGGGGCUACCCAGCCCCAGUUGGAGGAACAGACGCAGCUGCUACUGCCCCCACCACAGCUGCCCCAGGUUGCAGAUAGUGCAGCUGGGAAUCUGGCCUGCCCAGCUUCCAGCCCCAUUCAUCCCAGCAAACGGUUGCCUCAGCUGGAACUUGGCAAAACCCAGAGUGCCGAGAGACUUCCUGCUGAUCCUGCAUCUCAGCCAUCCUCAGCCACAUCACUGUCUGUAGUAACUACCACAAGCCCCAUGAAGACCCUCUAUGUGAUGUCAGAUGCCAAACUGUCUGCACUCACAAAAUCUGUCAUGGCAGAAGCUGCGUCUGUACCCCUGAAACCCACAGCUGUCCAAACAACUGCUGCUGCUUCCUCUACCUCUUCCUCCUCCCUUCCUGAAGUUGUGACCUUUGCCACCUCCACCACAACCAGCACACCGUGCAGUCUGGGGCAUUCUAAAGUGGGACCUGUUUUGCAGACAGCAUCCAAGACAGUGAUACUCACAUCUACACUAACAGCUAUGAAGACUGACCGAAGCCUAGGACAGAGAGGGGAGAAGAUGACUCUGCCCAAAGGGCAUGAACUUGGGUCUCUGGAAACUCUGGGCAGAGUACCAUCUGUAAUGGAUGACAGCAGUACCAUCAUCCACACCCGGGAGAGUCUCACAAGCAGACACUUGCUUCCACAGGGCAUGUUGCCCACAGCAGCUGGCACCACCCUCAUUACUUUGAGCAGCAACCUGGCUGGCUCCUCCAUCAUCCCCACAGCUGGGCCAGCCCUCAGCCAGAAGCCAGGACAUCCCACCAUUUAACUUAUUUUUGGCUUUACCGUGGAAGGAAAAAUUUAGGGUUCAGCUCUAUCAUUCCUGACUUCCAUGACAAGAGGACACAUUUUUGGUUCUUUGUCCCUUUUAAUAAACUUUCUCUAUGUAGCAUCUUUUAAGUGUUCUAUAAAAGACUGACCUAUUUUU